AUGGGUGGAAGUAAGAUUUGUCUCCGUGCCCGCCCCUCUCCCCUCUGCCCUCGCUCCCCUCUCUGCGCGCGGGCGCCCCGUGCAGAUGAUCCCUCGUUGUCCGGUGUGACCGGUUACAGGAGCGUCUCUUCGCCCGGUCACAUGUUGCAAAAAACGAGGAGCAGAAGCCACCGUGGUGCCCAGCUAGGGAGCGGCGGUGACUGCUGCCCGGGUGUCUCUGGAGAGAUCCCGAGGGCUUUUGGACACCCCGAUGCCUCGCAGGACACCCCAGGCGCCCGGUCGCGGAGCUCUCGUCAGGCCCAGGCUACCUUCGCCACUGAGCUCCGGACCCAGAAGCAGCUGGAGCUUAAGGUGGCAGAGCUGGUGCAGUUCUUGCUGAUUAAGGACCAGAGGAAGAUUCCCAUCAAGCGGUCGGGCAUCCUGAAGCACGUCAUCCGAGACUACAAGGACAUCUUCCCAGACCUGCUUAAGCUGGCUGCAGAACAGCUCCACUACGUGUUCGGGUACAAACUGGUGGAACUCGGACCCAAGAGCAACUCCUACAUUCUCGUCAACGCCCUGGAACCAGUGGACGAGGAUGGUGAAUUGAAAGGCUACCAGGGAACGCCCACCUCCGGCCUCCUGAUGAUUAUUUUAGGGCUCAUCUUUAUGAAUGGUCACAGCAUCCCAGAAAACGAUGUCUGGGAUUUUCUACGUCGUUUGGGGGUGUACCCCACCAAGAAGCAUUCAGUUUUCGGGGAUCCGAAGAAACUCAUUACUGAAGACUUCGUGAGACAACGUUAUCUGGAGUCCCGGCGGAUACCCCACACAGAUCCUGUGGACUGUGAGCUCCAGUGGGGUCCACGAGCAAAUCUGGAAACCAGCAAAAUGAAAGUCCUUAAGUUUGUAGCCAAAAUCCACAAACAAGAUCCCAAGGACUGGCCCACUCAAUAUUGUGAAGCUUUGGCAGACGAGCAGCGUAGGGUCAGAUCUGAGCCAAGUGACCCUGCUCCAAUCUCUUGAGGUGAAUGUCUGGGAUUCUCAGGCAUAAGCUGAAAGAAUAGGAAUAGGAACAUGACAGAAGGAGCAUAUUUCCACAACAAUUAAAAUGUAUUACCUUUAA